GACAUUUGGUUGACAGAGGCCUUUUUGGUGCUUAGUGUGUGAGUGAGACGGCGGUUUUUGCUGUUGUGACUGUGAGUGAGAUGGUGAGAUGGCGGCCAACAACAACAACGACGACGACAAAGAAACGACUGUCAGUCGGAAAAUGACAAAAAGAAGAAAAAUCAGCAGCCAGAAGUAAAGUAAAGUGUUUGAUGUGAAAAAACCCAACAAAAUUGAAGAAAAAACAGAAAAAGAGUGCUCCCAAUUGAUUUUAAUAAUAAUAUUUUGCCAAAAUGGUUUUCAAUAUUUUAUUCAAGGAUCGUGUCACAAAGCCGCAGAAGAAAAUGCUUAUAACGCUAUUGCGGGAGACCAAAUACAUGGAGGGGAAGAAAGAAAAAGAAUGGUAUUGGGAGAAGAUACAGGAGGCCUUGAAUAAAAUUGGACCAAAAAAGACCAUCAUACAAUGGAAGAAGUGCUGGCGGGAUAUGCGCUUGACAACACGUAAAAAACUUGCCGAAAUGAAACGUUGCCAAAUGGCUGGUGGUUCACCGCCACCAGGCAUAGAACUUAGCCAGGAGGAUAAUGAUAUCAUUGAUAUUGUGGGCACUGAAUAUUUCUAUGAGGAAAUGAAUGGCGAACUGAAGCCGGAGAAUUUUAUGUCAGGCUUUGAUUAUGUGCCCGAACAUUUUUGUGAUGCCAUAUUAACCGCUGCCGCCGUCUCGAGUGGCCAACAACAUAUGCAACAUCAAAAGGAACAGCAGCAGCAACAACAACAACAUGCCCAACAGCAACAAGAUCAUCAUAAUACAAAUGAUGGCGAGACCAAUGAUGCUCCCGGUUCAUCCAACCACACAGACACCCAAGGCGGAGGUGGUUUUGGUCAAGCCAAUGUUUCUCAAAUGACUGGGCACAAUGGUGACCAUUCGAAUUCAACUGGUACUUUGCAACAGCACAAUAUAAUGCCUAAUCAUCCGGCCUUCUCGGGUGGUCUGCAUCCGCAUUUGAUGCGACGCCAACAACAUGCUUCCGCUGCCUUUCACCGUGAGGCAGCCUUCGAGGAGAAGCUAUUGCAAUUUAUGCAGGAUGCAUUUCCCAAAAAGAGUAAAAAACGAAAAAGUCGUGAUCCCGACAAACUAUUUCUGCUCUCGCUGUAUGAGGAAAUCAAACGAGUUCCCGAAGAUAUACGCCUCGAUGUGAAGGGCGAACUGCUGCAAGUGCUGAAGAGGUAUCAAAAGAAGGCGCCCAUUAAACAGGAGAAAACACAUCACCCUCACACGCAAUCAUCAUCGAGUUCGGGCAAGUCCUCGGGCAAUACCACGCCCAAUGAUAAGUUACAACUUCCGCAACAUACUCAGCAAUUAUCGCAUAGCAUGUAUCAAUUGCAAAAGAAAUAUGACAAGAACGAAAAGGAGCCAUCGCCACAGUCACAGGUGGAACGUGCCGCUUCCUCGGGGGCCGUAGCCCUACAUGCUCCCCAGCAGAUACCGCAUACAUUGUUUCAGCUUCAAAAGAAAUACGAAGAGACGACUGCGGAAAAGGUACACCAGCAGCAGAAUGAGCAGCGUAAGCAACAUGUGGAAGCGGCACAUCAGCAACAUCAAAGUGCCCACCAACAACCGCCACCACCACCGCCUUCCAAUGAACAACAACAACAUCUACAUCAUCCCCAAAUGCCGCAUGGCAUAAUGUUCCCCCUGCCCCAGAUACGCAAUGAACAGCCACCCGGUGGUCAGCAGCAUCAUGCCCACCAGCAGCCUCAGCAAUCGCAACACCAUCCGCAUCAGACUCACCAUCCACCCUCCAUAUUUGGCAAUUCAGCAGCCUCGGCCACAGGCGGCAUGAGUACCGAUCGCCCCGCUAUGUCCUACGAGAAUGUGGGAUGAAUGUGGAGUCGUUUAUGGGAAGCUGCCUGGGAGGUUCGAUUUCCAUUAAACGCAUUGUUAGAUAGUAGUGAAGCUGAAUAGGCUCUAAAAAACAAAACAAACACACAUACACUGAGAAAAAAAAAACAAAAACAAAAUCAACAACAAAAACAAUAUUGUCGUUAUUGUAUGUAAACAAAAUCUAGUAUAACUGAACUAUAAUUAUAGUUUAUUUUGUUUUAAUUUUUCUUCCUUCAUUUCAUUUACAUUUUAUGUAAUUGUAUAACAUUCACAUAGACACACACACACACACACACACACACACACACACACACACACACACACACACACACACACACACACACACACACACACACACACACACACACACACACACACACACACACACACAAACAUAUACUCUCGUUUCCAAAACAUAGCGCAAGCAAGCAUUACAAAAAACAUAAAACUUCAUAUGUACCCAAAGGGCAGGUUGUUAUACGCACUGGGUUUUCCCUCCAAGCAAAGUUAUACGAAGACGUUUGUCUAUUGCUUAAGACAUUUCUAAGCAGAUUUAGUUUUUCGUUUGAAUUUUCUGCAGUUCUUUGUUGUUGUCCUUCCUUGACUUAAUGUGUUUCAGAUAUUUGGUUUAUUUUUCUAUGCAACAUUUUAAAGAUUCUGUAAAAAAAAUAUCCACAGCUUGUGAAAUCUGUUCUUGAGUACAAUCCAUUCAUAUACAUAAAACAUAAACACACACACACACAUACAUAUGUUAUAUACAUUUAUAUUAUUAAAUAAUAUAUACUACUAACCUAUCCGUUGGAUUUUAUGGUUUAUUGAUUGAUUGAUUGAGUUAUUUCUUAUUUGGCGGAUAUAAAAAUAAUAAAUGUGAAUAUCUAAAAGC